CACCCGGCGCGGGUUAAAUUAACAGAUGACAGAUCUCAGCAACCCGGUAAAAACUAAAACCCCAAACAACCGUACAUACAAAAACCUGUACGUAUCUACCAUGACAGUAGUAGUCCUAGACAACGGCGGCGGGCUAAUAAAAGCCGGCAUCGGCGGCGAGCGAGAGCCAUUAACCGUAAUCCCCAAUUGUCUGGCCCGACCCGUCUCCUCCAAGAAGUUCCUCACCGGCGACCAGCUCCUCUCCCCCACCGAAGACCUCACCUCCGCCACCGUCCGCCGCCCCUUCGACCGUGGCUACUUAAUCAACCCCGACCUCCAAUCCACCAUCUGGGCCCACCUCUUUUCCACCCUCAGACUCACCCCUUCUCACUCCUCACUCCUCCUCACUGAGCCCCUCUUCAAUUUGCCCUCAAUUCAGCGCCACACGGAUGAGCUUGUUUUCGAAGAAUUCAAUUUUAAGGCCUUGUAUGUUGCGGAUGCCCCGGGGCUGGUGCAUUUGUAUGAGGCUAGUAGGAGGCCUUAUGGGCUUGUUAGUAAGAGUCAGUGUAGCUUGGUUGUGGAUUGUGGGUUUAGUUUUGUUCACGCCGCCCCCGUGUUUCAGAAUUUUUGUGUGAAUUAUGGGGUUAAGAGGAUGGAUUUGGGUGGGAAGGCGUUGAGUAAUUAUUUGAAGGAGUUGAUUAGUUAUCGCUCCAUUAAUGUUAUGGAUGAGUCUUUCUUGAUGGAUCAUGUUAAGGAGAAGUUGUGUUUUGUUUCCUUGGAUGUCCAGAGGGAUUUGAUGAUUGCGAGGAAACGUGGCAAUGAUAACAUUUUUAAGUGCACUUAUGUGCUUCCUGACGGUGUUACGUAUACAAAGGGUUUUGUGAAAGACCCGGCUGAGGCAGACAGAUAUCGUACUUUGUCUGAUGGAGCCACAGGACUGCAUACAGAGAAAAUGGAAACGGAUCAGCAAGAACAUGAGGAAAAGCUUGAGAACAAGAAUAAAAUUGAUUUAACAAAGAAUGAGUUCAGCUUGACAAAUGAGCGUUUCCUUGUGCCGGAGAUGAUAUUUCGUCCUGCUGAUUUAGGAAUGAACCAGGCUGGCUUGGCUGAAUGCAUUGUCCGCGCAGUAAAUUCUUGCCACCCUCAUCUACAACCUGUACUCUAUGAGAGCAUCAUAUUGACUGGUGGAAGUACACUAUUUCCUCGAUUUGCUGAAAGACUAGAAAGGGAGUUGCGGCCUCUUGUCCCAGAUAAUUAUCGAGUGAAGAUUUCGACCCAAGAAGAUCCCAUAUUAGGUGUUUGGCGAGGGGGGUCACUCCUGGCAUCUAGCCCUGAUUUUGAAACAAUGUGUGUUACAAAGGCAGAGUAUGAGGAGCUUGGGUCAUUUCGGUGUCGCAAAAGAUUCUUCCACUAGGUAGUAAUUCUAAGCUGUUUGUAUUUGAACACAAAUGGGAAGGCGAGAGAAGGCCAGACGAGCCAUAGUUAAAAUGGUAAAAAAUUUCAUGUAGUCACCAGUCACCAAGAGUCUGCACAAAUGAUUUGCAGCCUCGUAGGGAAGUGUAGAUAUCCAUUCCUGAUAACAAAGCUUUAGCAACGAGUAUACCAAGACUUUAUAGUCUAUUGAAGCAGAUAGAGGCCUUGUUGAGUCAUGUUACCUUGUUUAAUCAUGAAUGUUGUAAAAUAAUUUGAAUUUUGAAGCCACCGAACUGAGAUGUAUCAGCAUUCAGCAAUAGUAUUCACUUACUAUCAGUAAAAAGUUCUAUUUGCACAGAAAAAAAUCUUGUCAUGGAUUGGU